GCGUCGAGAAGUUGAUUAGAGAAUUCAAUAUUAGGUUUUUAUUAAUUGAAAUAUUUUCCUUUUUAAAAAUCGAUUAAACAAUUAAUUAUUAUAUGACCGGCAACCCUAAAUUCAAUGACAUUUCAUUUCGUUCAGUUUUGAGUGACGUAUAAAUAUCAGUGUCAGGUAAACACAUCACAGUUUUAUUGAUUGACGAAACUCAACGAGAGUGCAUAUUAGUAUAUUUAUUAAUUUCGCGUGUAGUUUGAUUUCAAACUAUAAUAAUUUACUACUUUAAGUGUUACGAGAACAUAUUGUAUCUGCUCUACGAUGGAACCCCAACCCCAUGAUCUCAUAUCCUGCCCCUAUAACAAAGCUCAUCAGGUAGAGCAUUAUAAAAUGCACGUUCAUCUCCAGAAGUGCCGAAAACAGUACCCGGGCAGUGGCCUGGUGAGCUGCCCAUUUAAUGCAACCCACGUCGUGAAUGAGGUUGAACUAAACUAUCACAUCUCGUCGUGCCCAGAUCGUGGAAUGUUGGAUACCCAGGUGUAUGUUACUGAUGACGACCAUCGUCCAGUAGUACCGGUCGUACUUCAGCCAGCUCCGGAUAGCUCUGCUGAUUGGGAAGACGAUCCCCAAACAUCGUUCGUACCGGAUCCAUCACGUAAAGCUCAUGUGAUACAGAAAAUUAGGGGCGCUACUCCGUCUGAGCGCAGGAGGGCUCGUUGCCAGAACACCACGCAAUACAGGCCUUUAGAGAUGAAUCCCAGUCCCUCAUCAUCGGCUGAACCAGAGCCGGAGGCGGGAAAUAGCAGUCGCCGAUCACAUCCCUGAGCACACGGCGUUGCUCAACCCAGCCAGGGGACACAGCCCUAUGUUCCACCGUGUCCUCCGGGUAGUCCUCGCAGUGUUUUCUAUUAGCCUGGAGUUCACAAUUCCCA